CAGGCACUCUGGGUAAAUAUGGCAGCUUCCUGUCUGCAUUACAGCUUUCUGCUGUGCUAGGGUCCAUUCUGUUCUUUAAUUUUAUUUCUUUCUUAUAUUUCUGUUACUUGAAUUUCGUUCUGUUCUCUAGUUUGGCAUUGUAUUCAGAGAUCAUAACGAAACAUAAAAGACAUGGAAAAGAGUGGAAGCACCGAUAGCCUCGGAUCCAAACCGUCCUCCAGGCAGCCCAGUGUGGAUUCAUUAUCCAGCACGUCCACCUCUCGCUCAGAUCGUUCUUCUCACACAAAGCAGCCCCUGACUCUUUCGUCCGACUCCGUGUCCACUUCUGCAGAGCUCUCACCAGAGCACCGGGGUAAAAGCUUUCUGGAGGUCAAGGUGCUAAGAGAGGCUAGUAAAUUGGCUCAACUGGAAGAACCUCAGUUACUACCAAAGGAAUCAAUACAGGAUAUGGCUAAAGAUGUCACUUAUAUCUGUCCCUUUAUUGGUGCCAUAAGAGGAACGCUAACUGUUACUAACUACAGACUGUUUUUCAAAUGCAUGGAUCGGGAUCCACCAUUCGUCCUUGACAUUCCCCUGGGCGUGAUCAGUCGCAUUGAGAAGAUUGGGGGAACCUCAAGUCGUGGUGAGGUGUCCUAUGGACUAGUCUGUAAAGAUAUACGAAAUCUGCGGUUUGCUCACAAACAGGAAGGUCACAACAGAAGGUCAAUCUUCGAAACCUUAAUGAGAUAUGCAUUUCCCAUUUCAAACGGCAUGCAAAUUUUUGCAUAUGAAUAUGAACAGCUGUUCCCUGAAAAUGGUUGGAAGGUAUAUGAUGCCAUUGUGGAAUACAAGAGACAGGGUUUGCCCAAUGAGAGCUGGAGAAUAACCAAGGUCAAUGACCACUAUGAGCUGUGUGACACCUACCCAGCUGCCCUGGUUGUGCCAGUCAACAUUCCCGACGAAGAACUGAAGAGGGUGGCCGUCUUCCGAGCUAAAGGCCGAAUCCCGGUGCUGUCUUGGAUCCACCCGGAGAGUCAGGCCACAGUGACAAGGUGCAGUCAGCCCAUGGUGGGGGUGAAUGGGAAACGCAGCAAGGAGGACGAGAAGUACCUGCAGGCCAUCAUGGACGCCAACGCUCAAUCCCACAAGCUCUUCAUCUUUGACGCUCGGCCCAGUGUUAACGCCGUCGCAAACAAGACCAAGGGUGGCGGCUACGAGAGCGAAGACGCCUAUCAGAACGCUGAGCUUGUGUUUCUGGACAUCCAUAACAUCCACGUGAUGAGGGAGUCCCUGCGGAAGCUCAAGGAGGUGGUUUACCCCAACAUUGAGGAGUCCCACUGGCUGUCCAACCUGGAAUCCACACAUUGGCUAGAGCACAUCAAGCUGAUCUUGGCUGGAGCCCUGCGCAUAGCCGACAAGGUGGAGUCGGGGAAGACCUCGGUGGUGGUCCACUGCAGCGACGGCUGGGACCGCACCGCGCAGCUCACCUCCCUCUCCAUGCUGAUGCUCGACAGCUACUACCGCACCAUCCGCGGCUUUGAGGUGCUCAUUGAGAAGGAGUGGCUGAGCUUCGGACACCGCUUCCAGCUGAGAGUUGGGCAUGGUGAUAAGAACCACACAGAUGCAGACCGGUCUCCAGUGUUCCUGCAGUUCAUAGACUGCGUGUGGCAGAUGACAAGACAGUUUCCUGCGGCAUUUGAGUUCAACGAAUACUUUCUAAUCACAAUCUUGGACCACCUCUACAGCUGUCUCUUUGGAACAUUCCUGUGUAACAGUGAACAGCAGCGGGUGAAAGAGGAGGUGCAGAAAAGAGCAGUCUCGCUGUGGUCCUACAUUAACAGCCAGCUGGAUGACUUUACCAACCCCCUGUAUGUGAACUACUCCAACCAUGUGCUCUUCCCCGUGGUCAGCAUGCGCCACCUGGAGCUCUGGGUGGGCUACUACAUCAGGUGGAACCCACGGAUGAGGCCUCAGGAGCCCGUGCAUCAGCGUUACAAGGAGCUGCUGGCCAAGAGGGUGGAGCUGCAGAAGAAGGUGGAGGAGCUGCAGCGCGAGGUGACCAACCGCUCAGUGUCUUCCUCCUCCGAGAGGGCGGGCUCUCCAACGCGCUCCAUCACGCCAGUGCAGACGUUUGUCUGAGGGGCACAGGUUUGCUGGCUCUGUCACUGCACCUGCUACCAUGCGUGCUGCUUUGAAACAAAUCGGUAUUUAUGAUCAACAUACAACUGCACUGCACUGUAGUACGUUAUUGCAGGGACUUCUCUGGCAAAAAAAAACUUGCAUUAGGAGACACAAAGCCCAGCACAAGAUCGAGCUUUUCCAAUGGCUAUGCGAAGACUCUUAUUAUUCAGAAGUGGAACUGGACUGCCAUUGACUGCCUCACACGAUAGCCAGACUAUAGUUACCUCUGGGUGGUGAUCUCGCAUCUUUGUUAGAGGUUAAUUACAAUAUUCACUAAUACCACCUGCUGGCAAGCCUUCUUCGUUAAUUUUAUUGUAUUUAUCAAGCUAAAUCCCCUUGAAAAUGUAUGCAAAAUUUGAUGUGUCUCUAAUUUAUUAUUUCA